AUGCAGAUCUCUGGUCCACCCUUGGUCGCUGUCGCGACUGGAAUUGUCGGUUCCGCUUGGUCAGCUGGCGCCAUCGCAUCAUUGUCACUGAUAGUUACGCCCUCACUGAAAGCAUGCCCUGAGUCCACAGCCCAAACAUGGGCUGAUAUCUACAAGCGCGGAGCAGACCUGAUGCCAAAGGUGGCGCUUGGGGUUGCUCUCGCAUACGGAUACGUUGCCUACGAUGCUCACAGCCGCGGCGUAAAAUGGAUUGGAUUCGCUGCCGCUGCUACCAGUUUGCUUGGAAUUGUGCCGUUCACCUUGAUCGUCAUGAAGAAAACCAACACAUCGCUGCAUGAGGCUGCCAGAGCAGGUACCCCAGGUAGCGAUCGCGUGGUGAACGGCUUAUUGGAAACCUGGACCCUGAUGAAUUUUUCGCGGAGUUUAUUCCCGCUUGCCGGGGCUGUGAUCGGUGCCAUUUCUUUUCUCGACGCUCUGUGA